AUGCUGUUUGAUUUUAUUAAACUAUCAAUAAAUAAAAGUUUUCAUUUAAUUCUUCACAAUAAGUACAAAAUAUGCAUUAUAUACCGAAUAAGCUAUGAUGGAAAACUGUUUGUCAUUCAAGUUGAAUGGGAACAAAGAAGACACACUCUUGGUUUUAAAUGUCAAACCACAGAGGCUGCAGAAGCAUUGUGGAAAUGGGCUGUUGAUCGACAAUGCUUUUUCACUUUGAACAAGUCAACCGAAGCAAAAACAUCAAAGGCAAGAGGUCGUUUAUUUAGAAAACGUCAACUCUACUCAUUCACGUAUGUAGCUUGUUCAACCUUUGAAAAAGUUCCAUGGUGUUGUGUAAUAUUCGGUUUUACAAAAAUCCAUGAUGUUGAAGUGAUUUCUUUUUCAGUGACGAUCAGAAUUGAAGACAGCUCAUUUUUAAUUCCAAGAAUUUUCUUCUUGGCUAUAGUUGGUAGCAAUUCACAUUCAUGUCGUUAUUUUAAAAAAAGUACUGAUCCAAACCAGGCGACCAAACAAGUCCUUGUGGUUGUUGGUAUAACUCGUAGUUAUGGUUUGUUGUAG